GCUCGGCGGCGCGGCUGGACUGAGCUGCUCUGGCUGCGCGCAGAGCCCCGCGCCCCCUGGCUCUGCGCCAGGCCGGCGGGCGUGCGCCCGGCGCGCGGCACUGCAGCGCAGGUCAUAUGAGCAGAAACGAUGAGAAAAGCACUUUUUAAUCUUUUCGCACUUGCUCUGCCAGCUCAAACAGUUGCAGGAUGUCGAUGACAGACUUUCUCAACGCUGAGGACAUCAUGAAGGCAGUGGGUGCCUUUACCGCUGUCGACUCCUUCGACCACAAAAAAUUCUUCCAAAUGGUCGGACUGAAGAAAAAGAGCCCAGAUGACGUGAAGAAGAUAUUCCACAUCCUGGAUAAAGACGAGAGCGGCUUCAUCGAGGAGGAGGAACUGGGAUCCAUUCUGAAAGCCUUCUCCCCAGAUGCCAGAGACCUAUCUGCUAAGGAAGUCAAAAUACUGCUGGCUGCUGGAGACAAGGAUGGGGAUGACAAGAUUGGGGUCGAUGAAUUCACUGCUCUGGUGGCUGAAAGCUAAGAGGCUCUGACUGCCCAGGUCUGUCCUUCUCUGCCCCAAACACCUGAUCUCAGCCCCACUUGCUGCCCUCCUGCCUUUCUGUUCAGUUUGUUUAUGUUAUUUUUACUACCCCCAUCCCUUGUGGCCCUUGAAGGACACCAUUCUUCUGGAAAAUGAUGGAGAAUCAAUAAAGGCUGUACCAAUCAGA